CACCGCGACCGCACGUCCGCACCGCUGUCACAUCCACAGACCACAGAGCUGCAGGCUGCAGCUGCCUGGAAUCCCCUCGAACCAACCAACCGUCCCUGCCACCGCGCCGCCGUGCUAGACCUGCUGCUGAAUGCUGAUGAUGUCCACCACCCCGGAAGCGUCCCGCGGCGCCGCCUCAAGCCCGUACAUGCCCGUCGCAGCACACGAGCUCAGGAGGCAGAUGUCCAUGCCGCCCGCCCUCGCGGCCACCUUCGCGUCAUGCGGCUCCGGAGGCGGCGGCCACGGAUGGCCAAGAAACCUAGCGGGGGGCGGCGGCAACGGCGAGCUCGGCUGGCGCGCGCCCCGGCCAGCAGCAGGCGGCGUGGGGGCGGUGGUCCGCGCGCUGUGGGCGUGGAUCGCUAGGGGCAGGAGGAAGGUGGUCAUCAGCCGGACCGGAUCGUCGGUGAAGGAGCAGCAGUACGGGCACGAGGAGUACGCGCAGAACUUCGACGAGGGCGGCGCGGCGAGGGAGCCCGAGAACCUGUCGCGCUCCUUCUCCGCGCGGUACGCAAGGCAAGCGGCGCCGUGGGACGGGGCUCGCCGUCGCCGGCGUGGAUGAAAUCAGCUGUUUUCACCAGUACACAGAAGGCUUCUGGUUCAAUGCGCAUCUUGAAGCCAGGCGCCUAGUACUGGCCACCUAGGAUUCAUGUUUCAGAUGCUAUAGUACGAAGGAAUAUAAUAUAGAGGAAGAAGGGAUGCGAAUGAAUCUAAAUACCACUCUUUAUUUCUAA